AUGUCUUUCCCGUCCCCACCAGUGUUAAAAACUACCAUCAUUCAGUUGAACAAAGAGCUAGAUUCUGAUGGUAAUAAUAACAACUAUGAAAUAUUGACAAACAACUACAAUAAUAAUCCCCUGGACAAGAGUCCGAUUGGCAAUAGUGAUGAUUCGAUGCCAACAUCACCAAAUUUGGAGGCAUUAGGUCCUAGCAAGAAAAAGAGAAGAAGAUCAACAGCAAAUAUUGACGAGGAAGAGCUAGCUAAAAGGAAGCAUGAAACCAAACAAUUACAUUCAAUCAUCGAGAAGAGAAGAAGAAUCAAGAUAAAUCGUGAGUUUGAAGCUUUGAAAUACUUAAUACCAGCUUGCAGGAAUUGCAAUACUACCCCACCUGAUCAAGAGUCAAGCUCAUCCACAAAGAAGUCUUCAAAUGUGGGAGGUGGUAGUAAUGGCAACAAGAUUGAUGGAAUGUACAAGUUGACUAUAUUGAAAAGUUCAGUUGAAUACAUUUUGUACUUGCAUCACAUCAUUCAAAAACAGCAGGAGCUUAUCAAGAAUGAUUCAAGUAUAAAUUUAACCGCGGCAAAGGAAUUUAACAUCGACUUUGCUAGAAUACCACUUGAUGUUAACCAAUAUAGAAAUAUCGAUGUCAAUUUCAACUUUAAAACUUUAUUGAAAGAAGUGCAAAGUGUUGAAGGGCAGAUACAGCGUCGAUCCAAUGAACCUAAAAUGAACAGACCCAGCUGGACUCCGAAUCACAACAAAAUAUUAGAGGAAGAGGAAGAGGAAUCACAUGAGUUGGGUCAUAGUGGUGAUGGGGAUGGUGAUGACAACGACAACGACAACGACAACGUAAUCAGCAGCAGUCGUUCCUCAAGUGUUGCGCCAUCGCUUCCUUCAAUACCUUCUCAAACAUCUAUAUCUGCCACCCAUAAACCGCUGCUUCCAACACCUGAUUUCACCCCAGAUAUGGCACCAAUAUUCACUAUGCUCAACAAGUAUUCUGAUCACAAUACCGAAAGACGGAACAGAAAAGCAUCAUAUCCAAUCUCACCUCAAACUUUCGCCAUACGAUCAGCCAAUCCUUCUCCGUUCACCAAUCCAUUGAAAUCGACUUUAUCAACGACAACGUCACCAAGUAUGCGCAACUAUGUCAAUAAAAACAACUCUAAUAUUAAUUGCACCAAUAAUAAUACGUUUACUUUACCAGAUCCUGCUAUAACGCCAUCGAAUUCAACGCCCAGAGAUCGAGUGAAUGAGGAAUCUUCAACUGAAACGUCAAGGAAUCGAAACACUCCAUCCACAGAAGUUCAAGACGAGGUAAUGGAAGAUGGAGAAGAGGAACAACUCAAUGAUAGAUAUGCUUCGAAGACGUUAUUGUCUUUAAGAAAGUCGAGUAUUGGAAAUUUAUUAAAUUAG